GUUCCGCCAUAUUACCGGCGACCCUGACAAGUUGCUUAGCGGGAGGUACCGUACUGGGCUGUGUGGCGGGAGGAGUGGCCCAGCCGACGCUCCUCUUCGUCUCUCUGCCAUGGCGGGCUGGUCCCGUGAGGCGGUUCUGACUCUAUACAGAGCACUUCUGCGUCAGGGUCGCCAGCUGCAGUACACGGACCGUGACUACUACGCUUCAUAUAUACGUCGAGAGUUUAGGAAACAACAAGGGUUGACACAGCUAAAGGACAAGGAGAGACAGCUGGAGAAGGGCCACUUUUUCCUCAGGACCAAGCUUGGGGGCCUGGUGUAA